AUGGGUGAUGGACUAAUGGCCGACUUUGGGGCAGCUGCUUCGUACCUUCGAAAGUCUGACAGGGAGCGCCUAGAGGCUCAGACACGUCUUUUUGACAUCAAGACAGAGUGUUUUGUGCCAGAUCCCCAAGAAGAGUAUGUGAAAGCCAAGAUCACAAGCCGUGAAGGUGGCAAAGUGACUGCUGAAACUGUAUCUGGCAAGACUGUCACUGUGAAGGAAAGUGAUGUCCACCAGCAAAAUCCACCCAAAUUUGAUAAAAUUGAAGAUAUGGCUAUGCUGACCUUCCUGCAUGAACCAGCUGUGCUGUACAACCUCAAAGAGCGUUAUGCAGCCUGGAUGAUCUAUACAUACUCAGGACUUUUCUGUGUGACAGUGAACCCCUACAAGUGGCUCCCUGUGUAUAAUGCAGAGGUUGUAAACGCUUAUCGUGGGAAGAAGAGGAGUGAAGCUCCACCUCACAUCUUCUCCAUCUCUGACAACGCCUAUCAGUACAUGCUGACAGAUCGUGAGAAUCAGUCCAUCCUAAUCACUGGAGAAUCUGGUGCCGGGAAGACUGUAAACACCAAGCGUGUCAUCCAGUACUUUGCCAGCAUUGCAGCCAUUGGUGGAAAAAAGGAUUCAGCUAGUGCUAACAAGGGAACUCUGGAGGAUCAAAUCAUCCAAGCCAACCCUGCAUUGGAAGCUUUUGGUAAUGCUAAAACAGUCCGAAAUGACAACUCUUCACGUUUUGGUAAAUUCAUCCGGAUCCACUUUGGUGCCUCCGGGAAGCUGGCUUCUGCUGACAUAGAAACCUAUCUUCUGGAGAAAUCUCGUGUUGUCUUUCAGCUGAAGUCUGAGAGGGAUUAUCACAUCUUUUACCAGAUCUUAUCCAAUAAGAAGCCAGAGCUUCUAGAUAUGCUUCUGAUUACGAACAAUCCAUAUGACUAUUCCUACAUCUCACAAGGAGAAGUCACUGUCGCCUCCAUAGAUGAUGCUGAUGAACUCAUAGCAACAGAUAGUGCCUUUGAUGUUCUGGGUUUCACUGCUGAGGAAAAAGCUGGUGUUUACAAGCUGACUGGAGCCAUCAUGCAUUCUGGAAACAUGAGAUUCAAGCAGAAGCAAAGGGAAGAACAAGCAGAGCCAGAUGGGACUGAGGAGGCUGACAAAGCUGCCUACCUCAUGGGCCUGAAUUCUGCUGACAUCCUGAAGGGAUUGUGUCACCCCAGAGUCAAGGUUGGGAAUGAGUAUGUCACCAAGGGUCAAAGUGUCCAACAGGUAACUUAUUCCAUGGGUGCCCUGGCCAAGUCAGUGUACGAGAAGAUGUUCUUGUGGAUGGUGGUUAGAAUAAACACCACCCUGGAGACCAAACAGCCCAGACAAUACUUCAUUGGCGUGCUGGACAUUGCAGGAUUUGAGAUCUUUGAUUUUAACAGCUUUGAGCAGCUGUGCAUCAACUUCACUAAUGAGAAGUUGCAGCAGUUCUUCAACCAUCACAUGUUCGUAUUAGAGCAGGAGGAAUACAAGAAAGAGGGAAUUGAAUGGGAGUUCAUUGACUUUGGUAUGGAUCUGCAGGCCUGUAUUGAUCUCAUAGAGAAGCCUAUGGGUAUCAUGUCCAUCCUUGAAGAGGAGUGUAUGUUUCCCAAGGCCUCUGAUGUAACCUUUAAAGCCAAACUGUAUGAUAAUCAUCUGGGCAAAUCCAACAACUUCCAGAAGCCACGUAAUCCAAAGGGCAAGCCAGAGGCUCACUUUGCCCUGGGCCACUAUGCUGGUACUGUGGACUAUAAUAUCCUUGGUUGGCUAGAAAAGAAUAAGGACCCUCUUAAUGAGACUGUUGUUGGGUUGUAUCAGAAGUCAUCACUUAAGCUCUUAGCACUCCUAUUCGCCAACUAUUCUAGUGGUGAUUCAGAGAGUGGUGGAAAAGGUAAAGGAGGAAAGAAGAAGGGAUCCUCUUUCCAGACUGUGUCUGCCCUCCACAGGGAGAAUCUAAACAAGCUAAUGGCCAACUUGAGAACAACUCAUCCUCACUUUGUGCGUUGUAUCAUCCCUAAUGAACGGAAAUCUCCAGGAGAGAUGGACAAUCCUUUGGUGAUGCACCAGCUCCGUUGUAAUGGUGUGCUGGAGGGUAUUAGAAUCUGCAGAAAGGGAUUUCCCAACCGCAUCUUGUAUGGUGAUUUCAGACAGCGCUACCGUAUCCUGAAUCCUUCAGCCAUACCUGAUGGACAGUUCAUAGACAGCAGGAAAGGUGCUGAAAAGCUUCUGGGUUCACUGGAGAUUGAUCACACCCAGUACAAAUUUGGACACACAAAGGUGUUCUUUAAAGCUGGUCUCUUAGGUCUCCUGGAAGAAAUGAGAGAUGAACGACUCUCUAAGAUCAUUACACGAAUCCAAGCGCAAUCUCGAGGAUUGCUGAUGAGAAGAGAAUUUAAGAAGAUUGUGGAACGCAGAGAUGCUCUUCUGGUUAUUCAAUGGAACAUUCGUGCUUUCAUGGGUGUCAAGAAUUGGCCAUGGAUGAAGCUUUACUUCAAGAUCAAGCCCCUGCUUAAGAGUGCAGAGACAGAGAAGGAGAUGGCAAACAUGAAAGAAGAGUUCCAGAGGUUAAAAGAAGCCCUGGAGAAGUCUGAUUCCAGACGCAAAGAGCUGGAGGAGAAGAUGGUCUCCUUGUUACAAGAGAAGAAUGAUCUGCACCUCCAAGUGCAAUCUGAACAAGAUAAUUUAAAUGAUGCUGAGGAAAGAUGUGACCAGUUAAUCAAGAACAAAAUACAACUAGAAGCCAAGCUGAAGGAACAGACAGAACGGUUGGAAGAUGAAGAGGAGAUGAAUGCUGAGCUGACGGCUAAGAAGAGGAAGCUGGAGGAUGAAUGUUCUGAGAUCAAGAAGGAUAUUGAUGAUCUGGAGCUAACACUAGCCAAAGUGGAAAAGGAGAAGCAUGCCACAGAGAACAAGGUUAAAAAUCUUACCGAAGAGAUGGCUGGCUUAGAUGAGAUCAUUGCCAAACUUACCAAAGAGAAAAAGGCACUUCAAGAGGCCCAUCAGCAAACACUAGAUGACCUUCAGGCUGAAGAAGACAAAGUCAAUGUGCUGACAAAGGCCAAAGCCAAGCUUGAGCAGCAGGUUGAUGAUCUGGAGGGGUCUUUAGAACAAGAAAAAAAAUUAAGAAUGGAUAUGGAACGAGCCAAACGAAAACUGGAAGGUGAUCUGAAACUGACCCAAGAGAAUGUGAUGGAUCUUGAGAAUGACAAACAACAGCUGGAAGAGAAGUUGAAGAAGAAGGAGUUUGAGUUCAGCCAGCAAAAUAGCAAAAUAGAGGACGAACAACUUUUAGGCAUACAACUUCAAAAGAAACUCAAAGAGAACCAGGCUCGAAUAGAAGAGCUGGAGGAGGAACUGGAAGCUGAGCGAACAGCAAGAGCCAAAGUAGAAAAACUUCGCUCUGAUCUGUCAAGAGAGCUGGAGGAGAUCAGCGAGCGUUUAGAAGAAGCUGGAGGAGCUACUUCUGUGCAAAUGGAGCUCAACAAAAAGAGGGAGGCUGAAUUUCUUAAACUCCGGAGGGAUCUGGAAGAGUCCACUCUGCAAUCAGAGGCCACUGCUGCUACUCUACGGAAGAAGCAUGCUGAUUCUGUGGCAGAGCUCAGUGAGCAGAUAGACAACCUACAGAGAGUCAAACAGAAACUGGAAAAGGAGAAGAGUGAAUUCAAACUGGAGCUGGAUGAUGUAGCAUCUAACAUGGAGCAGGUGGUGAAAGCCAAGGCCACUUUAGAGAAGUUGUGCCGAACAUUGGAGGACCAGAUGAAUGAACAUCGGACCAAGUAUGAAGAAGCUCAGAGAUCACUCAGUGACUUUACUUCUCAAAGAGCUAAACUGCAAACAGAGAAUGGAGAGUUGUCCCGCAGACUGGAUGAGAAAGAGGCAUUAGUGUCCCAACUAACACGUGGAAAGCAAACCUACACACAGCAACUAGAAGACCUUAAGAGGCAGCUGGAGGAAGAGAACAAGGCUAAAAAUGCUCUAGCCCAUGCCUUGCAGUCUUCCCGUCAUGACUGUGAUCUCCUACGGGAACAGUAUGAGGAAGAGCAGGAGGCCAAGGCAGAGCUGCAAAGAAUUCUAUCCAAAGCCAACUCAGAGGUGGCUCAGUGGAGAACUAAGUAUGAGACAGAUGCCAUUCAAAGGACUGAGGAACUGGAGGAGGCCAAGAAAAAGUUAGCUCAAAGGCUUCAAGAAGCAGAAGAGGCUGUAGAGGCCGUAAAUGCCAAAUGCUCAUCUCUUGAAAAGACCAAACAUCGUUUACAGAAUGAAAUUGAGGAUCUGAUGGUUGACUUAGAGAGGUCAAAUGCUGCAUCUGCUGCGCUGGACAAAAAACAAAGAAACUUUGAUAAGAUCCUUGCUGAGUGGAAGCAGAAAUUUGAGGAGUCCCAGACAGAGCUUGAGGCAUCGCAGAAAGAAGCUCGAACUCUAAGUACUGAACUAUUCAAGCUGAAGAAUGCCUAUGAAGAAUCUCUGGAGCAUCUUGAAACUUGCAAGAGAGAAAACAAAAACCUCCAGGAGGAAAUCUCAGACCUCACAGAGCAGCUGGGAGAGGGUGGGAAGAAUAUUCAUGAACUGGAAAAAAUUAGAAAGCAGCUGGAACAGGAGAAGAUGGAACUGCAGUCUGCACUGGAGGAAGCAGAGGCUUCAUUGGAACAUGAAGAAGGCAAAAUCAUGCGUGCUCAGCUGGAAUUCAACCAAGUAAAGUCUGAUAUUGAGCGUAAACUGGCAGAAAAGGAUGAAGAGAUGGAGCAAACCAAGAGAAACCAUCAGCGUUUGGUAGAAUCAUUGCAGACUUCUUUGGAGGCUGAGACCAGGAGCCGCAAUGAGGCCCUCAGGAUAAAGAAAAAGAUGGAGGGUGACCUAAAUGAAAUGGAAAUUCAGCUUAGCCAGGCCAACCGUGCAGCAGCUGAGGCCUUCAAACACUUGAAGGUGGCACAUAGUACCCUUAAGGACACCCAAAUUCAUUUGGAUGACACACUAAGAGCUAAUGAAGAUCUUAAAGAAAACAUUGCAAUUGUGGAGAGGAGAAACAUGCUGCUCCAGGCUGAACUGGAAGAACUACGGUCUCUAGUGGAACAGACUGAGAGGGGACGGAAGCUUGCAGAACAAGAACUGAUAGAGACCAGUGAGAGAGUACAGCUCCUCCAUUCACAGAACACUAGUCUGAUCAAUCAGAAGAAGAAGAUGGAGUCAGACUUGUCUCAGCUGCAGACAGAAGUGGAGGAAGCAGUUCAGGAGUGUCGUAAUGCAGAGGAAAAGGCCAAGAAAGCAAUCACUGAUGCUGCCAUGAUGGCAGAAGAGUUGAAGAAAGAGCAGGACACAAGUGCCCACCUGGAGAGGAUGAAGAAAAACAUGGAGCAAACAAUCAAAGAUCUCCAGCACCGUCUGGACGAGGCGGAGCAAAUUGCCAUGAAAGGUGGUAAGAAGCAGCUGCAGAAGCUGGAGGCUCGAGUUCGGGAACUGGACAACGAGCUGGAGGCUGAGCAGAAACGCAAUGUUGAGUCUGUGAAGGGCAUGAGGAAGUAUGAGAGAAGAAUUAAAGAGCUUACCUACCAGACAGAAGAGGACAGAAAGAACUUAGCUCGCCUUCAGGACCUGGUUGAUAAGCUGCAGCUGAAAGUGAAAGCUUACAAGAGACAGGCAGAGGAGGCUGAGGAGCAAGCUAAUUCAAACCUAGCCAAGUUCCGUAAAGUACAGCAUGAGCUGGAUGAGGCAGAGGAAAGAGCAGACACUGCUGAGUCCCAGGUCAACAAGCUGAGAGCCAAGAAUAGAGAUGUGGGAGGGAAGCAAAAGCUCCAUGAUGAAGAGUAG